AGUAUCUGAAGAGCUUGAUAGAUCACUGGAUUGAGGAAGCAGACCUGAUGAGAUUAGAACAUGUCAUUAUUGCAGGACAGGGUGACAAACUCAUUGGUCGAAGUUCUGAUAACAAACAAGUUCAAGAAUUCUUAGAUUUGGUUCCAGCUUACAUGGCCAGGAUCCGGGCUGUUCACGAGGCAGUAGUACGAGGAAAUUUAACAGAAGUGAAACAAGUCAUAACUAGAAAGAGAUUUGCCCUUAGCCGUGAUCAUCUGGGAGCUAGCCCGCUACAUCUAGCAGUGCUUCAUGGUCACUCAGAUGUGAUGGCUUACAUCAUUUCUCAAUUUCCAGAAACAAUGGAUGGGCCAGAUAAUGAAGGAAGAACACCCCUUCACUAUGCUGCAGUUGUUACUGAUGGGGGAAAGUAUUACAGCAUUUUAAUACAUGCUGGUGCUGAUAAUACAAUCAAAGACAAGUAUGGCCACAUACCUCAAGAUUACCUGGACCAACCAGAUUUACUGACCAUUAGAGACCUAUUAGAAGGCUACAAAAUUACAGAAAAUCUUCAUAGAAAGCCAUCUAUUGUGGAAGUCUGGCAUCGACCUCCAACACAAGAAAUUGAACAAAAGUUAACUCCAGUUCAGUCCGAUGAGGAGGAGGAGGAGGAAUCCCCCCUUCAAGUGGAACAGACUACUGCAGAAGUUCUUAUCUUCCCACUCCUCACAACAGCCAGCGAAGAAGACAACCAAUAUCUUUUAGAUACAGUUUCUGAUAUUUUAGUCGCUGGAAUACGAGAAAUCAGCCUAUUAAAACCAGACGAUCCUAUUGCUUACCUAGCAACUUGGUUGUAUAGUUAUGCUUCCCAUCGAGCUUCAAGAGAAAGAGACUCGGGGAAUCAGUCAGACGAUAUGACACCCGAAUUUGAAAGAGUGCUUAAUCAGCAAACCCGAAAUCUCCAAAGCAGAAUGAAGAAAUUGACCACAACAGCUAAUCUCGGUCAAAGGUCUGAAAACCUGGAAUUUUUAGAGGAGGAGAAAGAAGAUGAUGAAGACAACUCUACUGAUAUUGAAGAUCAAACCAAAAUGAAGGUUGAGUUUAUUAAGCAAAAU